AAGAGAACAAGAGUCCAGAGUGUCGUAAGCAAGGAGAGACGGUGACAACCAGCACGCGGCUGGAUCACAUGCAGACAAUCAGGACUCGACGGGCUCUGCGUAGGUAGAGAUCGCGGCGUAGAGGUGAUCUGCCGACCCGUAGAUAUGGAGCCUCUGGAAGAAUACAGCUCUCCUUUUGAUUUUGAACAAGGAGUCAAUUCCAGUUACCUCUUCCUCUCCCCAGCUUACAGCGACACGCCGCCCAGUUCGCCAGCUGUCAGAUCCAGAGGUUUCCAGGAGAAACCAGACUCAGUAGCAGAGAUGGGAGAGGAUGCAGUGACAUCUGUUGGUCCAGCUCCUCUUCCGCCCACAUUGACGGAGGAAGAGCGUCAGGAACUGCAGGAGGAGCUGGCUAAGGUUGAAGAUGAGAUCCAGACCCUGUCCCAGGUGCUGGCAGCCAAAGAAAAGCAGCUUGCAGACAUUAAGAGGAGACUGGGCAUCACUCCUUUAAAUGAGCUGAAACAGAACAUCACCAAAACCUGGCAGGAAGUCACCACUUCCACAGCCUAUCGGAGGACAUCUGAAACUCUGUCUCAGGCCAGUCUGAAAGCCACAGCGGCCUUCUCCAACAUGGGCUCAGCCAUUAGCAAGAAGCUGGAGGAUGUCAGCUUACAAUCAAUUCCACAUUCAGCUAGUAUGCCAGCUAUAAGGAACGCACCAACUUUCAAGACUUUGGAGGAGAAAGUGGAGACCCUGAAGACUAAGAUCACCCCAGCAGGAUCCACCAGUGCUCCCAGUAACCAGGACGACGGUGUCCCUGAAACCACUGAGUCUCUGAUCAGCCAACCAGAGGACCCUCCCUCUCAGGACGCACCCAUGCAAUGAGACUCACCUCUUCUCCCUCAGUUUCCCCCCCUCUUUAAACCUUCUGACCCCCGCCACCCUGUCUAGUCUAACUCUUGUGUUGCUCCCUUACUGGAAACAAACACCUUCCCAGUAUUCUGUGGCCGCUGUCCACUCUGGACAUGUGGAAACUAAAACCAGGGGAUGGGUUCAGGCACAUGUUCUCCUGUCUUUUGGUGUAUGUAGUUGGUUCAUGCUCAGUGUGCAAGAAAACAUCCUCCUUUCUUGUUGCACUCCUUUUUUCUUUGCCUUUUUUUUCUAACCAGAAAAGCUUGAAUGCCAAACAUGCUCCAGUGUACUUUUUUUUCUUUAUAAAAUUAACACUCGAGUGUAGAAAACUGCACAUUUAGAACAAUUGUACUUAAGAAGUCGAUUACAGAAGUAUAUUAAAUGUUGGAGUUAUUGUUAUUAAACCUGUGUGGUUUUGAAUUACUUUAUUCUUUAUUUUUUUUGUUCUUAGGCCAAACUGUUCACCAGACUAAUGAUGUCUGAGGCGUGAAUAUUAAUGUUUAUGUGUCUUAAGCAGCGCUCUGAUUACUCUGCUUUCCGGGUUUGAUUCACUGUGCCAUAAGUAUGACUACUGACUGCAAGCUUCAUAUUCAAUCCUUCCCCAUGUCAUUGUAGCGACCCUGUCAGAACCCCCCCCCCCCCCCCCCCCCCCCCCCCCAUCACUACCAUGAACACCCCCUGUGCUUGGAAAGCUGCAGGAAAAGAGCCAAGAUCAGCAGAACAGCUCAGAGCAAACAUGGCGUCAAGGUCCAGCCUUGACCUGAGGUGACAGAGAAAUAAAUGCAGCCUCCACAGCCAGCCAGAGUCAAUAUUUAAACACUAGUGCAUUGUUUCUGCAAAAGCUGCAACACCCAACCUACCCAUGCUGCGUAGUACACAGCGCUGCCUGUAGUGUUUUUCUUUUAUUUCAUUGAUGGGAGAAAAAAAAAACAGCUUUAUUGAUCAAUUGUUGGCAAGCUGCAGAGUUUUAUAGUAUUCUUAGAGAAAUGCUGCUUUUGCAUUCAUCAAAUCCAUCUUCUAAAUGCAAAAACUCUUUAAGCUGUUAUUUUGGCUUUACAGCCUCAUGCUGCUUUCUUUCGAUUAUAUGCUGGAAGCAAUAACACUUUAUAUGAUUCGAUUUCAAACAGUGAAAAUGAUCAAUAAAACCCAAAUAGAGCCGAGUUGAACUAAAAGGACACAAUUAUUUCUACAGGUCCAAGCUGGUACAAGGUUCCCCUCUGCUGAUGGAUAACAGGUAUUGCAAAAAUCAGCUCCCACUGUCAGUAUAACUCAUUAGUGAUACUGCUUGCUGUAAAGACUGUGGAUUAGGAAGACAUGUUGUGUUGAUGUGUCUUUUUUUUCUUUGGUUGUUAUCAAUAAAGAGUCUCAUGUUUUCACUGAA